CUCAUUCAUACUUGCAGCAAUACAUGGUUUCCUUCCACAUCGAAGCAGCUGCUCGUUAUUAUACAUUUACCCACUCAUAAAGGAAGGAAACGAUACCAACAGUCAUAUUUUGCUUAACAUCGAUCAACCGUUAUAGCUAGUAUGGCAAGGAAAAGGGACGCAGAUGAAUAUGAGGUGGAGCGUAUAGUUGGACGGCGAAUCUCCCUUCAGAGAGGUGUCGAGUACCUGGUGUUUUGGAAAGGGUACAGGAUAGUGGACGCAAGUUGGAUAGAUGCCAAGGAAACACUGAACUGCAAGGAGGAAGUCGAAAAUUUUGAGAAGUGCAGCGACAUGUGCCAAGGAAUCGGCUUACCCAGACCAAUCUCUGUUGACCGGUUCGAGAACAGGGGGAUUGCGAGCAUCGUAGACGAGGCGCUCGACGCGUUUGCUAAUAAUCUUUCGGUGUUUGGUGCUCAGGAUGUCGAUGCAGAAAAUGGCAAAAACACCAGUCAGGCUAAUGCGCUAAAUAAACGAGGGACCAAGUCCAUGAAUAGGAUUCGCCGUGGUGUGUGGGGGCCACUCAUGGAUGGAGCAGGGUCAAUAGUGCAUCCUGGUCGCCUACCUGUAUGAUCAAAAAUAUCAAAGGCAUGUUGGUCGAUCCUUCACUUCGCUGUUACUUUUUGGUGACCUGGGGCGAUAGGCAGGUUACUUGAGAAUCACUAGCAACGUCCGACAGCCUGUUGGAUGUUCUGGAGAAGUGCAAGUUGGCGAAAGAUCUCAGGCCCAGGAAAACACUAUGUCGAACCCUGCGCAGUUCUGCUCAUACCAAG